AUGGUCUCAAUCAGUGCUCACGCUCCUACUCGUGGAGCUCAAUGUGUGUCGUCUGGACUAGGCCACCACUUCGUCAGCCCGAAGAAACCCAGAGACAAGAAAAAAACUCAGAAACAUGUCGAGUUACCUGGCGCCCAAGCCAAACACCGUCAACUGCUAGUUCGUAUGCAGCAACUGAUGAACCCUGAGCCUCAACAGAGUGAAGUUCCCACUGUAGAUGCAGUUGAAACUGUCUCUGACACCAGCCAGACUGACGCUUUUGCCGAAAUCCCUGAUCCAGACUUUGAAAUCCCAUCAGAACCUCCUUCCGACAUACUUGGAGAGAAAUCUCCAGUCAAACGCCGCAUUUUGCCUGACAAGGCUACGGAUUUGUCGUAUAGCAGCUGGAAAACGCUAAUACCCUUCCUUAUCGAACCUCAUCUCAAAUAUUCGGCACAAACGCUAGCAACAGCACUGGAGAUCACCCCCAGGGUUAUCUCUGCAUGUGCAACGCUUUUGUGCCCUCAAAAGCGAACAUCAAUCGUGUGUUUAUUCUUUGACAGAUUUACGUCUAUUGAUGUCCUCAGUUGUAGAUGUUCCAUGCUUCCCCAAGUCCUCCUUCACCAUGGUCUAUUUCCAACCGCUCCCUCACAACCUCGUAUGGCUGUCUCAAUCGAACUUCUGUCAUUCUAUCGGGCACUUUUCAAACGGUCCUGUGAUGCCAUCAAUGCCUUAGCGUCGGCUCUAAAAACGCACUACUCUCGCAGAGGUUUCGUCAUGACAGACACCCGAGGGGAAAUUAUUCAGGAUCCUUUUCAUUGA